CCUUUCCCAUCUCACGGGGCUAGGAUGGGGCAGCCCAAUUCUGCUGCAGCCCGUGCUGAACCUGUUGGUCUUCGCCGAGAGCUGCUCUUGGGGGCAGCUGGAAGCUGGGACACCAGGAUCUGUUCCCCAGCUGUGCCAGGGUGCUGGUCCCUGCCCCAGGGCUGGCAGUGCCUCAGGGCUGGGAGGGCAGGGGAGACGUCGGGGCUGUUUAACCAUUAAACCUGGGGCGUCUUGGAAGAGGCGGGGACACCGGCUUCCCUGCCACUUCACCCUGUACCUUGCUCCCUCUGGCAUUCCCUGCAGCCAUGAAGCAAACAAAAGGGCUGGAGGGUGACAAGAAAUCCAUCAUAAAAUUCGAAUUUAACCCCAAAGAUGGGAUUGACAACCCUGCCUUGUCACUGACUGAGGACACGGGUGGUGAGGGCGUGGGGGAGCCCCGCUUCUACCUCCUGAGCAAGGACAGCGCCGAGACCUUCGGGUUCUGCCUCCACGAGGAGCUGGGCUGCCGGGGCCAUGUCAUCCGGCAGGUGGAGCCGGGGGGGCUGGCCCAGCGCAGGGGGCUGCAGGAUGGGGACCGGCUCCUCCAGGUCAACGGCCACUUCGUGGACAACAUGGACCACCACAGGGUGGUACAGAAGAUCAAGGCGAGCGGGAACCAGGUCCUGCUGGCCGUGCUGGAUGGAGAAUCCUACGAAGCAGGCAAAGCCCUGGGCAGGGACCUGUCCCAGAUGCUGCCUGCUGAGAUCCGCCCUCGCCUCUGCCACAUCACGCGGGACAAGAGCGGUUUUGGCUUCAGCGUCUCGGGUCCAGAAGGCGUCAAGGGCACCUUCCAGCUGUCGGUGCGGCAGGAUGGGCCAGCGGAGCGAGCCGGGGUGCCACCGGGCUCCUGGCUCCUGGAGCUGAACGGGACCAGCGUCAGGAGCUACUCACACACUCAGCUCAACAGAAAGCUGAAGCAGAGUGGCAGCAAGGUGACGCUGCUGGUGGCAUCCAGUGCUGUGGAGGAGUUUUACCGCCUGCGGGGGCUGCAGGUCACAGCUGCCUUGGCUGACACCUCCUGGCUCCCCUUCAAGGCCCGGGAGCUGCACAUGGUGAAGGGUCCAGCUGGUUACGGGUUCCUGCUCAAGGAGGAUGACUGCAGCUCAGGGACCACAGGCCAGUUCCUGUGGGAUGUGGAUGUGGGGCUGCCAGCUGAGCAGGCAGGGAUGAAGGAAGGGGACCGUCUGCUGGCUGUGAAUGGUGAGAGCAUCGAGGGGCUGGACCACCACCAGACAGUGCUCAGGAUCCGUGCCCAUGAUGACCAGGUGACCCUGCUGGUCAUCGACCCUGCUGCAGAUCAGUUCUACCAGUCGAUCGGGCUGUCCCCUCUGCUGUCCUUUGAGGAGGGUGACCCUGCCUCAGGCUCCCACACACCCUCCCUGUCCUCUCCCAGUGGCUCCCCCAGACUCUGUCACGUUGAGGUGGAACCAAAGGGACCAGACUCCUGGCUGGUGGCUGUUGCCAACAGUAUAGGGUUCACACAGAGCCCACGCCAGGAGGAGCAGAGGAGGCUGCACCAGGCGUUCUAGUGGCCCAGGAGGACCCUGCCUCCAUCCAAGCUCCUCCACACAGCACCUCGACCCAGCCUGUUGGUGUCCCCACUCAGCUGCUGUGUCUCUGUCCCUGCAAUGGUGCUGGCACCAUCACAGAGACCUAUCUCCACUGGCUGAGGCUGGCUCCAAGCUUUGAUCAACCACGGCGGUGGCUUCUUGUAUCCUGAAGACAGAGCUGUGUCCUUGUCUACCCAGCUGCCUCCAGAUGUACCUAGAGGCAUUGCACUGAAGUUCGUGCCCAGCUCCAAGCUCUGGGAGCUCACAGGAGAGCCAAGACACUGCCCUCCAAGCUGUGACCCAAGGGACUGGGGAGCCUGAGGCUUGGCUCUGCCCAGAGUGAACCUUCAGGCUGCUGUGAGAAGGGGAAAGGCAGCCCUGAAGGAACCUCCCACCUCUCAGCCUGUUGCUCAGCCCUGCCCCUGCAUGGACAUCUCUCUUGAGCUCCUCCUCUCAUCCUCCCUGAGAACCUGUGGAUGGUGAGUGUCCACCACCCACCACAGCACUGUUCCUGUGAGAACACUCCGUUUGGGGUCCGAUUAAAGGACAAAUCCAUGUGGCUGUU